AUGAUGAAGAAAAAUCGAUGUGUCUGCGGGUAUUGUCCUCAUGGUGCUCUGGCUUGCGAUCAAAACUUUAUGCGGAGAUAUCAGCGUCCGGGAGGAGAUGGCUAUGGAUUACAAAACAUGGGUAUGGGUGUUGGACAAAAUGCACACAAUGCUUAUCAUGGUUAUCCAAUGACAUCUCAAUACCCUCCUGCGUAUCCUCCUCAACCUACAGUUUAUCCUCAACCUGGAAUGCCACCUCAGCAACCUGCAGCUUAUUCUCAACCGGGAAUGUUGCCACAAACAAUAACGUCCUUUUCCGCCACAAGGAAAUCAACCGCAUGGGCAGACACCAUAUCCUCCUUAAUUAAAUAA